AUGGCCCCCACCUUGGAAUUUGGGUUCCCGGUGUUCACAACAGCGACCAUCAGGAUAGGCGAGGAAAAGUCGGAACCUGUCGAACUCGGCGACAGAGGAACCCCUCAGGGGUCGGUUCUGUCGCCCCUGCUCUUUAAUCUGGCCCUCCUACCCCUACCCAAUCUGCUCCAGCAAAUUGAAGGCGUGGACCACGCGUUCUACGCCGACGAUAUCACGGUGUGGACGAACCGAGCCGUGUCCAAUGCCUGGGUAGAGGAUGCCUUACAGAGGGCGGCAACGACCGUACAUGACUAUGCAAAGACCUGCGGGCUGAGCUGCGCUCCACAGAAAUCAGAGCUGCUCAUGGUCCAGCCGGGAAGACCCAAGAAGGAACCGCCGCCGAACGUGACCAUCACCAUCGACGGCAUGGCCAUCAAACCGACGCAACAGAUCAGAAUCCUCGGUCUGCUGCUGCAAAGCGACGGUCGAGCGUAUGCGGCCGUCACGAAGAUCAAGAACACCUCGGAACAGAUAUUAAGUAUGAUCCGAAGGGUCUCUAAUCGUAACAGAGGCCUAAAGGAAGACGAUGCAAUGCGUUUAGUGAGGGCGUUCGUCGUAUCAAGGGUGACCUACUCUGCCCCGUACCUCCAGCUAACGAAGGCAAACAGGGACACCCUGAACACGAUGCUGCGUAAAGCAACCAAGCAGGCAUUGGGCGUGCCGAUCUACUCGUCCACGCAGAAACUGCUGGACAUGGGCGUUCACAACACGGUGGAGGAGCUGAUUGAGGCUCACUUGUCUAACCAAAGGGUAAGGCUAAGUCAAACAGAGCACGGCCGGGCCGUCCUACGGAAAAUAGGAUGGCAGAUAGAACCACUUCCAACCAAGACGGCCCUUCCCGAGCAAUGGAAAGAGGCCAUUCAAACCAAGCCACUCCCCAGGAACAUGCAACCGGGGAAGGACGACGGGAGACGGUCCGCGCGAGCCAAGUCCCUGGCCCGACAGCUGGAGGAGAACCCUAGAGUACUCUACGCGGACGCCUCGCUCAGAAAAUACGACGACCGAGCAACGGCGGUAGCCACGUCCGUCGACAAGCUUAUUGUCAGCGCGUCGCUGAGGACGACAGACCCAGCCAUUGCCGAAGAAGUGGCUGUGGCCCUCGCACUCGUACAACCGAGCGUGGACUCCGUGGUCACAGAUUCGAAGUCAGCAUACGCAAGCUUCCGCAGGGGGUUGAUCUCUCCCGCUGCCCAGGCCAUUCUCUCCAAGCACAAGCCUCCGGGACGAGCCAUCGAGCUCGUGUGGAUCCCGGCUCACUCGAAGGUGGAAGGCAACGCCCUCGCCGACCACCACGCCCGAGAACUGUCCAUCCGGGCCGAGGACGAGCCGGCUGAGCUACCCCAUCCCGUGACGAGCUUUAAAGACAUCACUAAAAUGUACAGAAACGCGAGGUGCAAACUUCCUGUACCACACCCGCAACUAACCAGGCAGCAGCAAACGAUCCUGCGGCGCACGCAGGCGGGAUCGCUAGCGCAUCCCGUUCUGUUACACCGAAUGUACCCGGCGGAGCACGACACACUCUGCCCUUUCUGCAAAACGGAAAGAGGCACUCUGGCACAUAUCAUAGCUGAAUGUAAAGAGCUCAAGAACCCGCCACCUCCCCUUCCCCCCAACAUCCCCAAUUCUCAACCCCCAGAGCGAUGGGAGACCUUGUUGUCCAGCCCCGCCCUGCCGACUCAGCUCGCACUGACGGCCAGGGGCCAGGAGUUGCUGGAGACAUAUGGGUCCCGUGAAUAG